CGAAGAUCGCUAGUGAAGGGACGCAACCAUUCCACGGAUCAAGGGCCAGUUUUUCUCUUCUUGAAUCUUAAUCAAGCUGCAAAUUAUCUGCAAGCAUGUCGGCGACGCUUUCGGAGGAACACGAGCGCGAGCUCAAGAAGAUUUUCGACGACUAUGAUCAGAACGGAUCGGGGGAUAUCGAUAUCGACGAGCUACGCGACAUCGCAGAGGAUCUUGGUGAGCCUCUGUCGGAGGUCGAGCUGGAAUAUCUAGCCAAAGAAUUCGACACGGACGAAAGUGGUGCUAUCAGCUGGACGGAGUUUAUCGCGUGGUGGAAGCUCCCGUUCUAGGGCUGGAAGAAGUAGCGAACCACACUCGAUGACGUUGAUCUCCACUAUUUUUAAGGCCCAACGCAUGUCUUCGUGGUAGCUAAUCCAUUCAACCAACCAGCUCAGGUUCAUGCCGAGUAUUUUUCAUGUUCCA